CUGAUUUCACAUGUCUGUGAUCGUUCUGUCGCGCGCUCGCUCUGUGCACUGAGCGAAUAUGCGGAGUUCGUAAAUGCAAUAUUUGCUUGUUAAUAGUGAAUGGUGUUUUUAUUUAUUGGGAUAAUAAGUAAUAUAACCGUUGGAAGCCGAAAAACUAUACAUUUUGUCAUCGAUGCAAUCGAUGUGAACCAUGCGCAGUGACAUGGCGUAUCGGGGGCUCUCGGAGCACGUGGAGCUCGACCGGGCGGCGGACCCUCAAGACAGGUUUACUCUACAAGAGCUCAUAGGGGAAGGAACUUAUGGCGAAGUUUUCUGUGCAAAGGACAAGAAGUCUGGAAAACGAGUUGCUGUUAAGAUUUUAGAAAAUAUUGCGGAGAAUAUAGAAGAAAUAGAGGAAGAAUUUCUCGUAUUCCGUGAUCUUUCAAGCCAUCCAAAUAUUCCAGAAUUUUUCGGAUUAUUUUUGAAGAGAGGUAUAUCUUCUGAAGAUGACCAAAUUUGGUUUGUUAUGGAGCUUUGUACAGGAGGUUCGGUGACAGAUCUGGGUGCAGGUAUGCGAGCUCGAGGGACCCAUUUGACAGAGCCACAACUAGCGUAUGUCAUACGUGGAACAGUCCGAGCUUUAACUUACCUCCAUUCGCAUCGAUGUAUGCAUCGUGAUGUGAAAGGCCAUAAUAUUCUCUUGACUGAAGAUGCUGAAGUAAAACUUGUGGACUUCGGAGUAUCAUCACAUUUGGCCGCAACCGUUGCAAGGCGAAACACAUCUGUUGGCACACCGUAUUGGAUGGCACCAGAGGUCAUAGCAUGUGAACAGCAGUUAGACCAAUCAUAUGAUAGUAGGUGUGAUGUGUGGUCUGUUGGUAUAACAGCUAUUGAGUUAGCAGAAGGAGAACCACCAUUAUCCGGUUUACAUCCAAUGCGAGCGUUGUUUCAAAUACCUCGAAAUCCGCCACCAACUUUAUCACACCCUGAACUAUUUACGCCACAGCUUGCAGACUUUAUAUCUGAAUGUUUAGUCAAAGAUAUGAACCAAAGACCUUUCGCAAGAGAACUUCUAGAACACCCAUUAUUGUUAGCUGUUAAUAAUUUUGAAGACAAAAUUCGAAGAGAACUUCGGGCAGAAAUUAAAAGACAAAGAGCUGAAGGACGAAGUAGUCGAGCACCAGAAGCUACCACCAAACGAGGAAAAUUAAAAUCUCAUAGAAAGGCAAGACCAGAGAAAAUGUACACAGAUGAUUUAGCUACCUUGGAAACUUUGACAGAAGACGCCAUUGUAGAACAAUUGCAAAAGAGAUAUACACAAAAUCAAAUUUACACUUACAUCGGGGACAUUCUAGUAGCAGUAAAUCCUUUUACUGAUAUAGGGAUAUAUACUUCAAAGACUCAACACUUAUACCAAGGUCGUUGUCGUUCGGACAAUCCUCCUCAUAUCUAUGCAGUAGCAGACGCUGCUCACCAAGCGUUAAUGCACCAAAAACAAAAUCAAGCUAUCGUUAUAUCGGGUGAAAGUGGAGCUGGAAAAACGGAAUCAGCCAAUCUUCUUUUAAAACAACUUGUAUAUUUAUCUAAAACACAAUAUAGUAAUUUAGAAGAUAAAAUUCUACAAGUUAAUCCAAUCAUGGAAGCUUUUGGAAAUGCGCGUACUGGAAUAAACGCUAAUAGCUCGAGAUUUGGAAAAUAUUUAGAUCUAUCUAUAAUGAGAGUGGGAAGAAUAUCAGGAGCUCGAAUAUCUGUAUAUCUGCUAGAACAAUCGCGGGUGGUUCAUCAAGCAUUAGGCGAAAGUAACUUCCAUGUCUUCUACUAUCUCUACGAUGGACUAGAGAGCGAAGGGCGGUGGAGAAAAUAUUACCUCGAUGAACAGUUAAAAUCUAGGCACCGUUAUUUACAACCACUUUCUGUGACUCAUCGAGAACAUAACGUUCAUCGGUGGCGUCAGCUUAACCAAGCUUUUAAGGUGGUAGGUUUCCAUGAAGACGAGGUACAAAUAAUUUAUAAAAUGCUAGCUGCUAUCUUACAUCUGGGUGAUAUAGAAUUUGCAGAAACGGCCGGUGAUCACAAUACUGAUAAUCGAGCUACCAUCAUUGACACGGCACCGUUGCAUCGAGCUUCUUGUCUUUUGGGUGUUGAGACAAGUGACCUCCGAGAAUGCCUAACAAGCAGCAGUGUGGUUACAAAAGGUGAAACAAUAGCAAGGUAUAGUUCACCAACAGAAGCUGCCGUAGCGAGAGAUGCGACCGCUAGAGGAAUUUAUGCAAGAGCAUUUGAUAGGAUCGUUGAAAGAAUUAAUGCUCUCCUAAGCCAAAACAAACCGCAAAGUGACCAGCUAUCCAUAGGAAUUCUGGAUAUUUUUGGAUUUGAGAACUUUACUAGAAACUCAUUUGAACAGCUUUGCAUAAACAUUGCCAAUGAACAGAUCCAGUACUAUUUUAAUCAACAUAUUUUUACUUGGGAACAGCAGGAAUACAUGGCUGAGGGUGUGCCUGUCGACCUAGUAGAAUUUUCAGAUAAUAGACCGGUCCUAGACAUGCUCUUAUCAAGACCAAUGGGAUUAUUAGCAUUACUCGAUGAGGAAAGCCGAUUUCCACGUUCAACGGACAAAACCCUCAUAGAAAAAUUUCAUCGAAAUAUUAAAAGCAAGUAUUAUGUACGACCCAAAUCUGACGCGGUCUGUUUUGCGAUUCACCACUUCGCUGGACGCGUUGUUUACCAAGCUGAUGGUUUCCUAGAAAAGAAUCGCAACUUCUUACCUCCGGAAGUUGUCCAACUGAUGAGGCAAAGUCAAUAUGAUGUAAUAAGAUUUCUCUUCCAAUGCCCAAUAACAAAAACCGGCAACUUAUUCUCUGCUAUGCACGGAGAAAUGGACGUCAGCAGUUUGGAAGGCCCAAUAUCGGGUGAUGUUCGGGAUCGCUUCAACAGUCGAGGUCUCGCAUCUCAAUCACGAGCACAACAAACCGUAUCAACAUAUUUCCGGUAUUCUCUUAUGGAACUCCUCCAAAAGAUGGUUAGUGGCACUCCGCAGUUUGUGAGAUGCCUCAAACCAAAUGACUCACGGUCACCAAAACAUUUCGAUUCAACAAAGAUAUUAAAGCAACUGAGAUACACUGGAGUCCUUGAAACUAUAAGAAUAAGGCAGAACGGAUUUUCCCAUCGUCUUACCUAUGACGAGUUUUUGAAAAGGUAUGGUUUCUUAGCAUACAGUUACGAUGAAGAAAUGAAGCCAAAUCGUGACUCCUGCCGUCUUCUAUUGCUACGUUUGAAAAUGGACGGAUGGGCACUUGGCAAAUCCAAAGUAUUUCUGAAAUAUUAUCACGUCGAAGUUCUCUCACGAAUAUAUGAAGAACAGAUAAGAAAAAUUGUCCUGGUACAAGCGUGUGUACGUGGCUGGUUGGCUAGACGCAACUACAUCAGACUGAAGGCUCAAAUGGCGAUUUCUGUUCUCACGCUGCAAAGACAUGUGCGCGGUUGGCUAACAAGGAAGCGACUUCAAGAGAGACAAAAACAAUUAGCCAGAGAAUUUAAGAAAGGACAAAUUGAACAAGAAAACCAAAGGAAACAACAAAGAGCAGGUGUUCCAGUUAAGAAUAAUAUCAUAGUGGCUAAAGUAUUAAGACGAAUGAGCACAGACGACAGCGACAGCAAUGAUACAAAUUCAAGCAAUAAAGAAAAUUUCAAUUCUGCCAAAGCUGCUAUAGUAUUACAAAGUCAUUUCCGUGGUUACACAGCGAGGCGGAAGCUGAAGAGCCGCGCGCCGCCGCCGCCGCCGCAGCACCCCGCGCCCGCGCCGCCCACGCACCACCACAUCAUGCAGCAGUACUCCGUGCAGGAACGAGCUGCACAACUACAAACUUUCGCUGAGCAGGUACACAACAAAAAUCAAGACGCCCAUAAGAAUAUCCGCCGAAAUAAGCCAGGAAUACGCCUAAAGGACGUAAAGAAACCACCAGACGAAUACCAGCUCCCUCCGGGAUUUCGUGUCGUACCAGCGAUCAUAAGAGGCCAACCAUCACAAGCCGAACAAGAAGCAAGUAGACUUUCAAGUCCGUCGCCGGAGUUUUUUGAAAGCGAUACCAUGCCAUGGGAUCAAAUAUUUCAAAUAAAGGAUAUUUCUAUAAGAAAUAUGAGACACCAACAACCCAGUAACGAUAGAACUUACAAUGAAGAAAAACCUUUAUACUCGAGUCAGAAUCGUCAGAAUCUACCGUGCAGCAGGCAGUGCGGUGGUCUAGUCAGUGGACGAGAAUUAAAAGGUAACAAAAUAAUCGAACUUGUAAAACAAACACAAAAAGCUGAUCCACCGCCGCGACCUGUUUAUAGUACAGCCUACGAUCCCGAGUCUGACCUUCGCAAGAUACUACGUAAUUCACCACAAAUCCUCGCAACGCCUGUCUUCAGCUCGGAUGACGACUACAACGACGGCCCCUUCAGAUUCAAACAAUUAUUAAGACCAACGUUAGGACCGACGGAAAGUCUUCGAAAGCGAAAAGUACGAAAUUCCUCCGGACAAAGCCCGUGGUUAUCGGAUAGCUCACAAGACAGUAAUAGCUCUAAGGAAGCCUUAUACAAUAAGCGACGUCCACAGAUUAGUAUGGGGGUUUAUUACAAUUAGCUGAUCAAGAAUACAGCUGUUAUAUACUCACGUAAUAAUAAUCUCCUAUUAAUAUGUAGUUGUUGUUUUCUUGAUUAUGUUAAAUAAAAAAAAAAGUUGAUGAUAUAUUUAAUUUAUGCACGUGUUUGUGUUGUAUGAUAUAAUAUUUUUACUUUUCCUUCUGUUAACAGUGUAACACACGUAAGUACUAAAAUAGUGAAGUGUAUUUUAAUUUAAUUUACACGUUAUAAUACCACCUAAUGUAAACGUACAUGAAAUUAUUUUAGAUAUUAUAAUAAUUUACGUUAUAGAAACAAUUGCCAAAGUUCUAAAUAUACUUUAUUAUAUCUUAAGCUUCCGAACAGGCUCUUAAUUCAAAUACUAAUCGUAUGUCGCCUUAUUAAAAUUUAAACACACGAUUUAUUUUUUAAAUAUAAAUAGAAUAAACAUCAAAAUUAACAUUGUAUAAUAUUUCAUACAGUAAAUCUAUCUUUUGUUUUGUAUUACAGGACAGAAUAAAAUAAAUAAUAUUUAAAUAUCAUUAAUAUAUUUUUUGAUGUUUAUUAAUUUCAUCUUACAAUGUACUAUUAAAAAAAUCGUAAUAUAUUUACGAUUAAUUCCCAACACGUAAGUAUAAAUCAUUGACAAAUGGUGUGAUAAUGUGCCAAUGAUUAUCAGUAAGUGUAACUUUAUGUUUUGUUAAUGUUUAAGUGAAUAAAAUAUUCCAUGAA